AUGACGUUUCAGCAGGACCCAUCAGUGUUCCCAAUUGCACCAGGCAUUACGCCCAAGAACUACCAGCUGUUUCUGGCCUUGGUACUUGCAGUAACGAAGAUCAACAGGGAUUUGGUUCUCCUGCCCAACGUCACACUCGGCUUCCGCAUCUACGACAAUAGCCAGACUGAGAGGAGGAUCUCCUUGAACAGCCUCUCUCUGCUCUCCACACGAGGCCGAAUGGUUCCAGGCUACAAAUGUGACAGGAGGGACACUCUGCUCUCCGUCAUUGGUGGUCUUGACCCCAAAUCCUCAAGGCAGAUGGCCUCCAUCUUUGGCAUCCUCAAGGUCCCACAGCUGCUCCUGCAUUUCCAGUGGAACUGGGUUGGGCUUGUGGCCCCUGAAAAUGACAUUGGAGAAUAUUUCAUCUCCUCCCUGAUGCCCAUGCUCAAGUACAAGGAGAUCUGCCUGGCCUUCACUGAAAUGUUGAAAUCUAAUAAUCUUGUUGGCCGAAUAGAUCCUGGGGCUCCCUCAGGCCAGGAUUUCACCAUUAACUCUGAGGCAAUCAUCUGGGCCACAAAGAAGAUGCCCUUUGGCAGGUGUGGCAUGAAGAGGUGCCAUGCAGGGGAGAGGAGAAGCGUUCCAGAGGGCGAGCAGGUUUGCUGCUACCAAUGUGACCCUUGUCCAGGAGGGACCAUUUCUGACCAGACAGAUGCAGCUCACUGCGACCCUUGCCCAGAGGACCAAUACCCCAACAAGGAGAAUAAACACUGCAUUGCCAAAGAGAUCCACUUCCUUUCCUAUCAAGAGAACCUGGGAUAUGCUUUCACUUCUCUAGCUCUUUUUCUCUCUGUGAUCACGCUGGCAGUCCUGGUGAUUUUUCUUAAACACCGAGACACACCAAUCGUCAAGGCCAACAACCGAGAUCUCACCUACAUCCUCCUGGUCUCCCUCAUGCUCUGCUUCCUCUGCUCCUUCCUCUUCAUUGGUCGACCCAGGAAGCUCAUCUGUGCCUUCCGACAAACUGCCUUUGCCAUUUUCUUUUCCCUUGCGGUUUCCUCUGUGUUGGCAAAAACUGUCAUGGUGGUUCUGGCCUUCAUGGCUACCAAGCCAGGGAACAGGACAAGGAGAUUCUUAGGAAAGCCACUGACCAACUCCAUUGUCAUAGCCUGCCCCCUGGUCCAAACAGUUCUUUGUGCCACCUGGCUGGUAACCUCUCCCCCGUUUCCCACCUUGGACUUCCAUUCCUUGGUAGGAGAGACCAUCUUGGAAUGUAAGGAAGGCUCAGCUUCCAUGUUCUACACUGUCCUCUCCUAUCUCAGUUUCCUGGCCCUGGUCAGUUUCAUGGUGGCAUUUCUGGCUAGGAAAUUGCCCGACAGCUUUAACAAAGCAAAGUUCAUUACUUUUAGCAUGCUGAUCUUUUGCAGCAUUUGGAUCACCUUCCUCCCCACUUACCUGAGCACCAAAGGGAAGUCCAUGGUGGCCAUGGAGAUCUUCUCCAUUUUGGUUUCUGGAGCUGGUCUCUUGGUUUGUAUCUUUUUCCCCAAAUGCUUCAUUAUCCUACUGAGAUUGGAAUCAAAUUUCAUUCAUGAAACUCUUCAACAAAGCAUGGUGCUGUAUGAGAUCUGCAUGCACAGAGAGUCUACACAGGCAGUGGGGAAACCGUACAGACAAAGGGGCUAUGUGGCAGCACCUCCAGCCCACCCCCACCUCUUCCUUGAGGAGAGCAGUGGCAGAUUCACAGUGGAAAACGGAGGGCAAGCCACUAACUCCACUGCACUGCUGCAUCCUCUGGAGCCUGUUCUGUGCCCCCCAUCAGCUAAGGGAAAACAGAUGAUCCGCGGCACUGCCGAGCUCUGCUGA